AUGCAGUCCACGACACUGCUGAACGGGUUACAGAGAGAAAACUCUGCAAAGGACGCCUUAGUGCAUCAGGCGAACAGAGAGAUUGAAAAACGUAAGAAGGAACUACGUGAAAAGGAUUCAACAAUUUCCACCAUGUCGACGAAGGUUAGAUAUAAUACACGAAACUAAUGUUCCCUUAACCUCAAAGAAAAUUUUAAUCGUAGCCUGCGAGUACAGCUUUCUCUCAACACUCCCCCUUCGUUGUGAAGUUUCGAAAGGCGCCCCCUGCUACGUGGAAAAGCCACUAGCAAGCUCUUCAUUUCUGGAGGGAACGAAGCCAGCCUCUAGGGACUCGCGACUCCACCAAAUGGCCAUGGAGAGCUUGUUCGGAGGCUACGACGGGAAACGAUUACUUUUUCCGCGUUACACGUUCGGCUGUAUCGAGGGUUCCCAAUAGGUUUUUCGGGAUCCGGGAUUUACCUUAUUUGAUUCUCGGGAUCCGGUAUUUGCCUUUGUAUUUGAGGGCGGGAUUCGGAAAUUUAAAGCAAAUUGGGGCUGAGAUGUGCACGGGAAGCUAGUCUACCUCGCAGCCAUGUUAUUGUCGUCACGCAACGCUCCUAGUGUAGGCAAAAUCCUUUCUCAGGUUAAACCAUAAAAGUUAAUGCAAAGAUAUGUGUUGAUUUGAGUUCGAAUAGACGCCUUUAAACUGCCAACAGCUGUGUUAUAUGAAACUUUAUUAAAACAGCCUGCGAGCAAGCUUUCCAUUUUGUGUGGCGAGCGAGCACGUGUGAGGCAGAGGAAAGAAAAGCCUCGUUUCUUUCUUCAACCUACUCUCUCGUGUCUCCUGUCGUGUGUCGCUUGCAUGUGGCUUCAAACAAUGUAACUCGACUAAAAAACUUGCUCGCAUGCAGAGUAACACAGAAGAGUCACUUGUACAAUCAUUCGACUACAUGUUAGGGAGUUCCAGUACAGGCGUUUUGAGGGACGCACGUCAAUCGGAAGUCAGGCGGUUUCCCUGUUAAUGCCCUGACGCCACCAGAUUUGUAUUGCUAAGUGUUUCAACUUUUAUAGAGACAAUUUGCCCUAAAAUUUAGGCGAGGCCACUAGGCAAAAGGCAAAAACGCUACUUCCAGUUGACGUGCAUCGUUUCAAAAUGUCUUUUCUUAAGCUCACUAUCAAACCUACAGGGGAGCUUAAAGCAACUACGACGGCGAUGGCCACGGAAACGUCACUUAAAAAAAGUAUUCGCGUGGCUUUAAACUUAAUCGCACUUUUUCCAUCUCGUUCAAUUCGUCAAAUAUUGGCAAAUUUUCCAAGAGUUGAACUCUAAAAGACUGUAUCGAAGUUCAGAGAAAGAAAAAGAAGAUCGUUGUCUUGUGUUCACGUCCUCCACAAAACGUGAAAUCAGGAAGUUUCACGUCGUAGUCGUGCAGUGACGGGAAAGAAAUGUACAAAAAGGCGUGAUGCCCGUGCAAAGUUGUUGUUUUGUCAAUCCAAACCUAUUGCUUUUUUGCCGUUCUCGUUGACGUCGCCGUCGUCUUUGCUUAAGCUCCCUUAUAUGUCACUGAAAACGACAACGUUCAAAGUGCCCAAUCUCCUUUUAACAUCCUGUAAAGUAUUUUUCACUUAAGGGUUAAUCAGGGGCACCCAACGACGGUUUGCUCCUAAAUACAUUGAAAACACUUUUUAGGCUAUACAGAGUACUUUAAGAUAUCUAGAAAAGCAUUCUAAGCAGCGUUGUAAAAUUUGUAUCUGUUCGGUCAUCCUAGGGAAACUUGAGUCUUUUCGAAAUUACAAGGGCUUGAGUAUUAUUUUCCCGAAAAUUUUAGAUGAAAUUUGACGUAUUACGAGAGUGAGACAUUUUUUUUAUUGAUCUCUCCAUCACAUUCUUGAAUCCAAAAAUUCUGGGUCUCCUUUUUUCUAUGAAAAAUAACCUAACUUGGGAAGUAAAAUGCGAAAAUUAAUCAUCCGAAAAAUGGCCGGAAAUUAAUAAGAUAAGCUUCGAAAAUUGNUCCUUUUAACAUCCUGUAAAGUAUUUUUCACUUAAGGGUUAAUCAGGGGCACCCAACGACGGUUUGCUCCUAAAUACAUUGAAAACACUUUUUAGGCUAUACAGAGUACUUUAAGAUAUCUAGAAAAGCAUUCUAAGCAGCGUUGUAAAAUUUGUAUCUGUUCGGUCAUCCUAGGGAAACUUGAGUCUUUUCGAAAUUACAAGGGCUUGAGUAUUAUUUUCCCGAAAAUUUUAGAUGAAAUUUGACGUAUUACGAGAGUGAGACAUUUUUUUUAUUGAUCUCUCCAUCACAUUCUUGAAUCCAAAAAUUCUGGGUCUCCUUUUUUCUAUGAAAAAUAACCUAACUUGGGAAGUAAAAUGCGAAAAUUAAUCAUCCGAAAAAUGGCCGGAAAUUAAUAAGAUAAGCUUCGAAAAUUGUUGAUGAAUGGAACGGUCAUCUAGAAAUUUGUAGUCGUCGUCCAAGUGACUGAUAGAAAAUUCUAGGGAAUAGUUGCUUUUCCGAACAGAUAUUUCAAAGAAAACAGUCGUUGGGGGCCCCUGGGUUAAUAAAUAUGUACAAACUGUAUGUAACAAUCAAGCUUUCUUUCUCUUAUUUUCAGCUGGGAAGGCAGAAGGCCGCUAAAGAAGUGGGGAAAGAGGCACAAAAAUUAGAACAAGAGCUUUAUGCAACAAAAGGGGUAAGAAUUGAGUGAUCUGUUAUAAAGGUCUUCCCAUCUGAAACAUCUCCUUUUUUAUUUUAGAGUUCUAGGUUUAACACCUUGUAAUCGGUCUUAUAAUUAGUAAACAGCCAGUACAUAGGUACAGUUUCCAUCGUGUUUCAUUUUCCAUUAUGUGGAAUAAUGGUUAAGAAUGUACUAAAGAAUUAGUUAAUUUAACCAUCUUUACCAUUUUUCUAAGAGCCUGUUUACAUGGAGGUGGGGGACCCAAUGCAGGUGAGGUAACCCGCCUGUCCAUAUAAUCUCUCAUUUUAAUUUGAUCAUGUUUACAUGAUAGGUGGGGUGACCCGCCACAUGUUACCACACCUACCUGGGGUCCCCCACCUCCGUGUAAACAGGCCCUAAAUCAUGCGCUUCUCUUCAUUGAAAUUGCGCCCGCAGUCACAUAUUAAAUUCCCUUUUCAAACGCUACCAAGGAACUUUCAUUCGGUCAAAAGUCAGUAGUAAGCUCAGCAACUUGACAAGCCUCAAAGCAUUCAAGAAACAUAUACGCGGUGUGGACCUUUCUAGCCAUAUAGAUAAUAAUAGUAACUGCUGUUAAAAGUCAUGUAAUAGAUUAGUGCCAGUUCUUACCAAAGUGUCCCCAAUUAGCUGAUAUAACUGUUGAGCUAAAUACAUUGACAAUAAAAUAAAGUUAUUAUUAUUAUUAUUAUUAUUAUUAUUAUUACUAAACGCUUAAAACUUUUUAGUACAUAUUUUUUAUCACAUACAUACGCAAGGGAGUGUUAGAGAUAUGUUAAGCCUGUAUUACGCAGAUAUUUACAGGAUAAUUAGGUUGGCUAAAUUUCAUAGAAAUUGGUAAAAUAUUCGCAAAGUUAUGACUCUAUGAAGGAUUAAUUCAUAGCAAGCCUUAAACAUAACUCUAAUCAACAAUGUUUUUGUACAAAGUUACAUGUAAGGGCCUGUUUACAUGGAGGUGGGGUACCCCAGAUAGGUGAGGUAACCCGCUUAGGUGGGGUAACCUGCCUGUCCAUAUAAUCUCUCAUUUUAAUGUGAUCACGUUUACAUCAUAGGUGGGGUAACCCGCCACAUGUUACCUCACCUACCUGGGGUCCCCCACCUUCAUGUAAACAGGCCCUAAUAUGUAAAGCCAAGACAAUUAAGUAUCCUUUUAUUGUUAUUGUAAACACGUUUUACACGAAGGCUAUUGAUAAACCCACAUUCCUUUCGGUCCAGUUCAUUCUCGUAAGCCACCACUUUAUUUUCGUGCACAGUAAUUUUUAGGGAGUUAUUAUAACUCCAAAAAUGGAGUAAAAAUUCUAGGUACAGGAUAACCCCUUUCUGGGGGUUACUUUAACUCCUCAGUAUUAACUCCAAAUCUGGGGUGAUUUUUACUCCUGAAAAAGAGUUCUUUAAACUCCUUUUUUGGAGUUAAAAUAACUCCACCGUAAGGAGUUAAAUUAACCCCUCUAGAGCAGUUAUUAUAACUCCCUGAGAAUUACUGUGUGCUCUUAAACUUCCGUUGUGACUGUAUUACGCUUGCAAAUGCGUUCAGCGAGCGUGCAGCAGGAAGUUCGUUUACUUGUUUACUUAGUGUAAUGGAUUCGGCUUUGAGCCUUUGUGUUGUUGAUACAUCUUCAUGUUUUGAGAACAAAACGAGACAAAUGUCCUUUUAGGAAUGUCAAUAAACUGAAUAGUUAUGUUUCCCUGUAGUUUCUUAGUUAAUACCAAAGAAGUCUGGAUUGUCCAAAAUUAAGUUUUAUCACAAAUUAAUAUCCUUGUUUCUGUUAAUACUCUUGUCUUUCGCAACAUUUCUGAUUUUUUUCUCAUUCCGUUGUUUUUAAUGGGGUCAUAAUUCGUUCUACAUUGUCUAAAUGUCUAGGUUUGUUCUGAUCUGAGCGGCUGACAGGUUUUCAGAGUCCGUUGAAGUUUAAUAAAAUGUCAAGCCACGUGAAAAAAACAUGUAAAUUUUCUGCACAGAGCCACGCAAUAUUUUAGGUUUAUCGGGAAAGUCACACUUUGAAUUUUUGCGGAAAGUAAAGCGUCCAAGUUUCCAUAAAAGCAGCUACUGGAAGAAGCUGAUACCAACAGUAAUCACAGUUUUAUUUCGUUGUAGUUAAACAUGUAAUAAUUUCAAUGCAUGCUUGUAUUGCAAACUCGUUAGCGCCGGUAAUUCUUUGUAACUAAUUGCUCGUUUACUUAAGUAGCUUUUUCUUUUUCUGUCGGUUUUACAUGCAUUAAGUUUAGCCGUAGGAUUAUUUGUAAACGGCUUGCAUAGGCAGUUCAUUGAGAUAUAUCAUUUGUGCAUCGUUACCCAAGCCUGUAUUCAAACAGAGUGUCGACUCUUGUCUGUUCCUGUGAAUGAGAGUACCAAUUAUGUUAUUUUACUUCUUUUAUUUCUUUUUUCGCCCUCUUCAGAAACUUCAAACCACAGAGAAGCAAUUGAAGGAAAGGAUUAAAACCAUCGCUGAUUUAGAACACGAGUUAGAGAAGAUGAGAGAUCAUCUCAGCGAAGGAAGACAGGUUAGUUGCCAUAGCACCUAGACCUGAAUAUCCCGGAUGGUGUGCCUGAAUCAGUGCAAGUCCGACCACAUUGCGGAAGUUCAUAAUAUUACAUACCAGAUUUUAUAAUUCUCCAAACAGGAGUCGAGCCUAUGACCUUUUGGUCAUUGCCUUUUCAUAGGAAAUGAACGCCUCACGAAUUUAAGUCGCGUUAAUUUCUUGAAACGUUAAUUUUCCCGCCGUUAAUGUGGAGCUUUGAUUUCCACGAUCAUAAAGAGGCUGUGUCACGGCUGUCCAGUUCAUUUUGUCAAUAUUUAGUGCCAAUUAUGCGUUCUUACUUGCUAUGGAACUUACAGCUGAACUUAACGUUAGCGGAGAAAUUACUCGUAAAUGACAAAAUCACAGCUUUGUGCCAAACAAAUGUGUCUCCCACGCAUUAUAUGAAACGCUAAAAACAACAAAAAUGAACUUUGAAAAACUGUUAGAUUAACAACCACAAUUACAAUCCGUUUUAAUCUUCUUCAAGUUUGUCCAUCUGUGCCUUCUAUUGUAUUUGUUUUGUUAUGUAUAUGUUCUUAUAAUGUUUUGAGCUGUUGUUUUUAUGAUUCACUUAAUUUGGUGGCAGUUCCCACUGUUUGAAUUUUAAUAAAUUUCGUCACACAGCUCCUUUAAUUUCCACUAUUUUGGAUACACUUCGGACAUUCUUCACACGUAGAAGAGAGGAGUGUUUUAUAAGGAUGGAGAUCCGCCAGUAACAGUGAAACUGUGAAGAACCCUCGAACUGGCCAGAUUUCUUCGUUAGACUCUCUUCGUGCGUUAGGAAAAGUACCUCGAACAAAGUUUCCGUUUCAGAUUACACGUUUAAGGCCCAGUUUUAACGUCGAACUUUCAUGUACCGAUUCUAAUCCCUUCAAUUAAGAACAUGAAGAGAUCGACAUUUGAAGCAAUUAAGUCCGACAUAUUUAAUUUGGGUCAACCCAUGAAUUAAGAUCGAGUGGCCCACAUGGGGUUCGACUGUAGAGUGACUACGUUUCAAACUUCAAACUUCGAAAUUCUCAUUUGCCAAAACUUUUCAUGUGCCGAAACUAAUGUAUAAAUUACUAAAUUCAUUUUCACUGAUAAGCAUUGUAGACCAUUGUACAUCGUGAAAGUGAAUUGAGUCCGACUAAUUAAGUUCGACGCCUGAAUUAACCGUCGAAUUGUUGUCAUUUCGAUCGACCUAAAUAGGUACUAAGUUUGGUACAUACAAAGUUCGACGUUCGAACUGGGCUUAACUUUGUUUCUGCUGUCUCAAGAAGUUUAGUUUCUUUGUGAGCAUCCCGUUAAUUUUCUCCGUUUUGAAAAUGUUAUCCUCUCUUCCUCGUUAAUUUCCUUUAUUUCAAAGUCGUUUUCACUAAAGUCGCGUUAAUUUCCAAUACAGUCUAACCUCUCCUUGCGGACACCUCUCUAUUACGGACUGUUCGUUUCGUUUCCCAGAAAUGCCAAAAAUCAUUCAUUCCCUACCUCUAUAAUACGGACACCUCUGUAAAGUGGACAAUUGGUUCUGUCCCUUUGGUGUCCGUAUUAAAGAGGUUUGACUGUACCAUAAUUUCAUGAAGCUUUAAUUACCCAAAAUAGGGAAGUCCACAUGCUCUACAACUGCGCUUCAAGCAACUCGAGGACAAUAAGACCAUUGAGCUGGGUUCACUGAGGAACACCUUGUUGGUUGUGACAAUGUAACAUCGACCCAGGAGAGGUUUUGUGUCCAGCGGUUUUUAGUAAAAAAAGGGUUUGUGGGGGUUUCUCAGUCUCGCGGGCUCAAAAGCCUCCCUUAGAUUGAUGUUAUUUCGUAUUUACCCACCUUGUAUACUUAAAUAAGUCCCAUAAUGCAGUUCGAGAAAAACCGACCCAGUCCAACCCAAGCUUACCCUUGAAAAUGACCCAGUCAGGUAAUCAGUAAAAAACCUCUCUCUCAAAAGAGCGACAAGGCGAUUCAGCAGGAACUGGAUCACGCUAAAGCUCAGUGUCUGGACGCACAAAGAGCUGAGAAACUGCUUACGGUUGACUUUCAUCAACUGGAAAAAAGAGUAAGUGAUCUCGGAUUUUACAGUAACUCACUUUAUUAAAGCAUUGUUGGCAUGCUUUUUUGAAACAAUGAAACAAUGUUGCUUGGGGGAAUACUCCCUUACAUCACCUUUAUGGGUAAAUGGGUUUAGUUUUUUAGUCCCCUUUUGGUUUAAAACAGAAAAUAACACUUCAGCCGUUUGGGUUUGAUAUAGGGCAUGGUUUGUGCUCUGUGAAAUUGUGUAUCCCUUAGUGUCUUUCUAGAGACUUGAUUUGAGAAAGAGCAGGAAAAAUCAAAUAUAUUGCCUGAAAUAUAUUUAAGGAAAGCCUUUCCCAUCCCCAGCUUCUUGUAGCUUGCAAGUAAGCAACAACACGCUGGUAUAACGAAUAACAUUCUCAGCCAACAGUUAGAGGCAAAUUUCUUGGAUAAAAUCCACAGUAUUAACGUGUCCUUUCCUAAAGGUUACACUUCACACUUCCCUGGCAUCUUGUUAUAUCAGGCGGCCAUUUUAUUUGGGUAUCAUGGGGAUCAGGUCACGUGCAAGCGAGCCGCCAAAGCGAUUCUCAAAAUGGGAAUAGGUGGGGCUUACAGAAAUAACUUCAAAAUGGCUGUGUAUUUAUGUCCUUCUGUAGUUUGAUCGUUUCCGGCGGAAGUUGGUUGAACACACAUUCCGCGGCGAUGUUCAAAGAACAGUUGAUCAUGAACUGGAUGACGAUGAAUUGCUUGAUCACGUGAGGAAUCUGGCUCAAGAGAUUUUUUUUUUAGUGGAGGAAAUCCAGCAGUACGCAAACUCGGAAGGUGAAGUGAGUUCAGAGUUUUCCGAAGAUCCUUGAUAGUUUUUCUCACGCAAUGCUUCCCGAGCGGCUGCGGAGGAGACUAUGUUAGUUUCGAGUGUGAUAGUGUAAAGUGCUUCGUGAACCCAACCCCCAACACGACUUGUUUCAUGUUUUAUUUUCUUCAAAACUGCCCAAAUGAGCAUUUCCCUCCCCCCUUCCCUCAUAAAAUGAGAGGGUGUUUUGUGCUUUGCCACCCCCAUUUGCGGCUUUUCCCCUCAAAUGGAAGGAGGUCCUCCCCCCCUCCCACCGCCAAGAAAUAAUUGAGAGUGUCCGGAUAACAGGAAAAUGAAUUAUUUGUAUUUUAUUAAGAAGAUGAGUUCUUUGGUAACAGGUCUUUUGUGUGGAGAUUUUAUUAGUGUGGAUGUGGUAAAGUGAUCGCUGAGCCUUGGACAAAAUGUCACCCUUUAGCUAAAAAAAACCGCAGCUUCCUACGUAACUGCUAAUGAAAGGCUGAAAACUGAAAACUGAAGUUCCUUACCUCUCCCCUCCACACCCUUAAAUUUAUCGGUCAACAGCGACCCUUCUGCCGCAGCUCUUUGUCUCUUAAUUCAGUUUAUGUUGUCGCUAAUGAAAGUACGACAGCUAGCUUGCUAAAUCUGAAAUAGUUAGUAAUGUUUUUAGAACUAAAUGGGAUUUCUCUUUUCGUAAUGCUCUUUUUCAAUCAUUUACGCUUUUGCUCUCUUUGACUAUGAUAGAAAGAAGCAAAAGACAAAGACUUGAAAGAUUCAACGGGUGAACUGCGGAAACAUCUAGAAGGCAUGCUG